UCUUUAAUAAACCUGACCAGAUUCUAGUUUUCUGAUGGAUUUAUUGAAAGAGAUGUGAAUGUUAUAGUUUGAAUGAGGAUUCAGUAUAUUUUAUGUGGUUGAUUCUGAAACGCUAAGUAUAUAUUUUCAGCAGAAGUCCAAACUAGAAUCUGGUCAGUUUUAUUAAACAUCAGAGCCAAAACAUAAACCACACAGAACAAGUACCUGUGAAUAUUUGGUAAAUAAUGGGUUGGUCCCGGCUCCUAACGUGUCUGUAGUAUUGCAUGUAUCUGAACAUAAAACUGAAUGUGUAGAUCAUGUGAAAGAAUGAUGCUGCAUGCUUUGUGCUCAUCUGGACUAAUAGUCAAAAUAAAAGUAUUCUGUCCACUUGCUUCUGUGCAGUUUCACUCAUUUCCUUAUUUAUAUUUUCAGUUCAAUUCAAGUUUAUUUCUGUAGCACCAAAUCACGACAAGACUUCAUUUAUUUAUUUUCCCAUUUGUAAGACACUGGGUUGGUUGUGUUUCCUGUAAUUUUAUUUUGAAAAGCUACAUGAGCUGCUCUGCCAGCCACACCCUUAAUUUGAUGGUACAAGCCAGGUGUGAGGAACACACACAGCCUGGAUGAAGUGCUGACAAGCAGACAGCUAAUGGACUGAAAUCAUUCAAUCUUUUGCUAAAGAACUAGCUAGUAAAAGGACUUAAAGGAAGACAGAUGGAUUCCCUUUGUGUUUUAAGCAAACAGCCAACGAGGUAUUUAUUUGUCUUUAUUUUAUUGCACAUUAUUGUAUAUGUUUUAAUUGUACUAUCCUGUAUUUAGUUUCACGGUUUAAGGGAGGUCUAAAGAAAGGAGGACAGAAGAGGUCCACAAUGAAAAGACGUCCAAUAAACCCGUAAAAUAAAUCACUUGCGUCUGUGUUGCUUGGAGGGAAUCAUAGUGAAACUCGCCUGUUGUCAGCAAACGCCAGUGAAGCAACAAGGACCAGAUGAUCUUCAUCUCUUGGACAACAGUGCAUGGACUGGCAGAUAAGUGACCUAUUCACACAUAAUUAAAGAAGACAAUAAAGACUUUUGGUGGAAGACUCUUUUGCAACAAGAAACUUGGUUGAUGAAAGGGUUACUGAUUCAAAUUGAUGUUACCAGUGAUUUGUUUGAGUACAUAUUGAACUGAAACUUGCUUUAAUGUUGCAUGCUAUCCAAAGGUCAAAGGAAAUGUAAUUUGUUACAUAUUUAAUACUUGAAAGGUCAAGGUGUUUCAGUGGAGUGUACCAAUUGAGUUUGAAAUUCUAAGCAUGUUUAUUUCAUUCUUAAAAUCAACAUUUCCUAGCUAGACAAUUGUUCAGCCAUGUCAGAAAGAAAUGAGCCUGCAGAUGAGGAGGAAGAUGGUGCAGAGCAGGGCCGGCUUUGUCGACAGGCGACACAGGCGGCCGCCUGGGGCGCCAUCUGAUGGAUAGGGCGCAAAAUUUCAAAAAAAAAAAAAAAAAAAAAAGUUUAUUAAAUUCAUGUUUGUAAUAUGAAAUGCACUCUCUGCAUACUCAAAAUUCCCCUUUGAAAUGACAUGAAAUUAAAACAUCAAUAUUUAAAUUCUAAUGAUCCGGCUGCAUUUCGAGCUCCCGCUUGAGCCACCGCUCCGAUGCAUUUGACCGUUAAGGUUGCCAUAGAUACGUGUGUGGGUGGCACUGUGAAGGACAUCCUGUUGUCGUCGCGUUUAAACGUUUGAUAUUUUACGAGGAAAAGAACGCCUAAGCCAUCGGGAUCAGCAUUCCGAAAGCGAAGGAAGGAAGAAGAAUAAAAACGGGCCCAAAGCAGAGGUAUGUAGACUUUAUAAGUUUUGCAAAGGAACUUUUUGCGUUAGCGUUGUAGCUAACUGCCUCUCCUGCCACGCACGGUCCACGGACGGACACUCGCUAGCUGUUUACACACACACAAUACAGUAUCUGUAACUUUAACCCAUUCAUUUUACUUUUGAAUCGUCGUGUCCAGAUGCAGUGAGACAAUGUUGAGUCUCACUGUGAUGAUGAGGAAUGUAAGAUUUUUUACUGGUUUUUGGAGCUUGAUUGCAGCCUUUUAUGAACGUUGUUUCAAGUUUUAAGUACGCAUACAAUAUGAAUUUAAUAUUUGUAUAUCAGAAGAACGUUAGGUGUGGGUGUGGCAAAUUUUCAACUUUGUCCGACACAUCGGGCGGGAGGCACCGCCGCGGCCGUGGCGGGGACUCCCCCGCUGCCGCCGGGCCCGGCGGGGAGUGAGAACUGCCUAAACUCAGCAUGACAUCUUAUGCCGUCUCUUUCUUGUUUACGCUGCAGCGUCUUCAUCCAGGCGUCACGCAGCAGCACAUUUACUGAGCUACAAUCUCAGCAUCUAGAACCAGAAGAAGAACCCAACACCAGCAGACUCCGUGCUCCAGUCCAACAGCCUGAAGAGACGCCAUCAUCAGCUUCAACAGAUGUGUGUGAACAUGUAGGAGCUGCUGGCCCCGUGGAUCCUGCUGACCGGCCACAGCAGUUGAACAAAAUGGAAAGUAGAACUUUCUUUAUGAUGACACUGAUGUUUGAGUUUUGCUUUUGAUUGUACAGUUUAAUGCUGCUGUAGAUUUUGCAUCCCCCCCCCCCCCAUGACAUUUGCACAACAUUUUGAGUUGUCGGUUAUUGUAAUAUUCCCAGGUUACUUAUCUUUCAAGCUUACAUUUAUUCUUCAGGCUGUUGACUUUAAAGAGUUGCUGUGUGAAUAUUUAAAAUAAAAAAUUAGUAACUAAGGAAUAACUGUGGAGUUGCUUUUUCCAAUGUGUGGACUUGGGUUUGGGUGAGGGGGGGGGGGGGCGCAAAUGGGCACUCUCGCCUUGGGCACCAAAUUACCCAGAGCCGGCCCUGGUGCAGAGCCACUGCGAGAGGAAGAGCAGCUGCUCAGACGUGGAGCACGCCAACGUACUCUAACAGAGAAGGGCAAGGCACUACAAGAAGAGAAAAUUAAAGCUCUUACACAAAGAUUUAACUACAUUUACAAAAAAUGGAAAGCACAUGUUAAAUUAUUUAAACAUUUGUCAAAAGAGUCCUCGGAGCCUUUAUCAGAGGGUCUACUUAAUGACAUCUUGGGGGAGGUUAAAGGGCUUUGUGCAGACAUCCAGCGUGUUUAUGAAGAUCUGCGCAAACUCUCAACUCCAGAUCAAGAAACACGGAGAAGAGUAGAUUUGCGUGUGGAGAUUUCAAACUUCAUCCUUUCUAAAGCUUCACGUCACCUGGAAGCACAAGCGCAGGAAGAGGAUCAGGUUUGGCCAGAAGCUGGCUCUUUUUGGAGCACAAGUAAAAGUGAAACAGAAUCCAUCACCUCCGUCAUAAAGAGCACCACCUCUGAGCAUUCAAAAACUUCUUCAGCAAAGAGGCAAGAAGCGGCUGCGGACGCUGCAGCAAGCCAAGCUGUUCUAAAAGUGUUAAAGGAACAAGAAAGAGAACAAUUGGAAUUACAGCGCCUGGAAGCAGAAGCCAAGAAGAGGAUAGCAGCUCAAGAGGCAGCAGCUAAACAGUGGUGCUUAGAGCAAGAGGAAGAAGAGGUGAGGAGGAGAAAAAAGAAAGAAGAGGCUAAAAUGACAGCUAAAUUAGAAGAACACACAGCUCUACAAAUGGCUCUAGAAGAGAAACGAAGGAGAAUCCACCAUCUAGAAACCAUGAAAGAGCUCAGCGCUGCACAGGCAAGAAUGCAGGUAUAUGAUCAAGGAUCUGACAUUAAGAAAGGGGUUAAGCGACCUAUAAGCCAUAAGAUGGCAGUACAUGUUAACCCAUCAAGCCAAACAAGCUGUCAACAAUCAUCUAUAACCCUUGUUCCACAACAACCUCUGAGUUCUUCCUCAAACCAAGACACUGCAGAUUUAGUUAAGCUACUUGCAGAUGCUUUAAAUACAAACAGAAUUCCACUACCCGAACCUUCAAUAUUCAGCGGGGAUCCGUUGAAAUACAGUGAUUGGAAGCUGUCAUUCCAAACCUUGAUUGAUCAAAAGAAUAUUCAGAAUAAAGAAAAGAUAUAUUACCUUCGUAAAUAUGUUGGUGGACAAGUUAAAAAUGCACUAGAUGGUUAUUUCCUGCUUGGAACCGAGUCUGCCUAUGGUUCAGCGUGGGAGAUCUUGGAGGAGAGAUAUGGAAACCCAUUUACAGUUGCAACAGCAUAUAGGGAUAAACUUCAAGCAUGGGCCAAGAUUGGACCUAAAGACAGCACCGAUCUAAGAGAGUUUGCUGAUUUUCUACGGAGCUGCGAAGCCGCCAUGGUUCAUAUCAAGGCACUGGAGAUCCUAAAUGACUCCAGUGAAAACAGAAAGAUUCUGGUGAAGUUACCUGAUUGGUUAACUGCAAGAUGGAACCGAAAAGUGAUGGAAAUGGAAGAGGAGAAUGGCCAAUUCCCUUUCAGUCAGUUUGUAAGAUUUCUGACCAGAGAAUCACGAAUUGCCUGUAAUCCAAUAACAUCAUUGCAAUCAUUAAAGCUAAGUGACAAAUCCAAACAACAAAAUGUCAAAGUCAAAACAUUAGUCACACGUUCGAAUGAAGAAACUGUCAACAUAUGUGUUUUUUGUAAGAAGCAUGGACAUUCUUUGCACACAUGCAGAAAGUUUAUGCAAGAUGAAGUCUCAGACUGAGUUAGAUUUGUCAAGGCUGAAAAGUUGUGUUUUGGAUGCCUCAACUCAGGUCAUUUCUCAAAGAGCUGCAACUGUAGGAGUGUUUGUAAUAUAUGCAAUAAGCAACAUCCUACUUGUUUGCAUGAAGAGCGAGACAAAAGAGAACAAAGGGCAGCACAAGUUAAGCAAAGUCAAGUUCAUGAAACUUUUACUCAAGGAAAUAAUAAAGUCAACCCACAAACAAGGCUAACAAGAGACAUUGUCACAGCUUCUACCUUCAAGGUCAUUCAAAUUGAAGCUACUUUCCAAACAGCUGCAAUAAUUCCAGUUUGGCUUUCCUAUGCUUCACAGCCAGUUCCGGAAGUGCUUGUUUAUGCAUUACUAGAUUCUCAAAGUGACACAACAUUUGUGCUAAGCGAUGCAGCUGACUCUUUGGAGGCACCCAAGGAACAAGUGAAGUUGAAGCUUUCUACAAUGACAUCACAAACUACUACAGUAAGGUCUCAACGAGUAAAUAAUUUACGAGUUCGGGGUUUCUACUCAAAUAAAAAAAUCAAUUUACCACCAGCCUACACAAGCGAUUUUAUUCCUGCCAACAGAGCUCACAUACCAACUGACAAAACUGCAGAGGCUUGGUCCCACCUAGAGCACCUGAAAUAUGACAUAGCACCCCUACAGGACUGUGAGGUAGGCCUGCUUAUCGGCUACAACUGCUCACAAGCCUUUCUACCAAGGGAAGUUGUGUCUGGUCAAGACAAUGAGCCCUUUGCUCAACGCACAGAUCUUGGAUGGAGCAUUGUUGGUCAUGGCAAUCCCUGUGUCGAGUAUGGAGAUGCAAUUGGAAUUCGUUAUCGUAUAGUUGUCCGUCAAGUGAAACCAAAGGUUGACGCUGCUCUCAAUCUAAAAGGUGAAGUUCACUAUGUGAACAGAUCAAAGGUUAAAGAAAUUACACCUUCAGACAUUAUAAAUAUUCUUGAGACAGAUUUUUCAGAGAAAAUUAACAAGGACUGUGUGUCUCAAGAUGACUUGAACUUCUUGUCCAACCUUAAAGAAAACAUAACUCAAAAGAAGGAUGGACAUCUUGAAAUGCCAUUGCCAUUCAAAGGAGAAAGGCCACGGUUGCCAAACAAUAAGAUGUGUACUAUGCAUCGCUUACAGUGUCUGGAAAGGAAGCUAAGAAAGGAUAAAACCUAUGUGAAUUUCAUGACUGACAUGAUUGUUCGGGGAGAUGCUGAAAAAAUUCCAGAGGAGGAAAUCUGGCAAAAUGAACUACCUGCUUCUAAAUACAAGAUGGAAGAAGUACAAGAUGAUGAUCCUGAACUCCGCAGGGCUUCAGUGUUUAACACAAAGGCAAAGGAGAGCAGAUCACUUUUAGAGCGCUUUGAGAAGUUCUCUGACUGGUCAAGAUUAGUGAAAGCUGUUGCCAGAUUGAAGAGACGAGUCACGGAACACAAAAGGUUGAGACAAAGAACCAAUGAGGGUACAAGCUUGGAGGAAAGAGAAGAUGCAGAAAUUGCUAUUGUCAAGCUGGUUCAAAGAGAAGCAUUUCCAGAUGAGAUCAAAGCUUAAAUGCAAAGGAAGGUGUAGUUAAAACCAAGUACAGCAAGCUGAAAGGGUUAAGUCCCACCUUGGAUGAAGAUGGAGUUUUGAGAGUAGGAGGACGUUUAAAUCAAUCAGCGUUACAUCCUCACAUAAAACAUCCAGUAAUACUACCAAAGAACAGCCAUAUAUCCUCUCUGCUUGUCAAGCAUUUUCAUGAAAGGAUUCAUCAUCAGGGAUGAGGAAUAACGGUAAAUGAACUCAGAGCGAAUGGAUGGUGGAUCCUAGGAAGCAGUGGCAUUGUAUCAUCACACAUCUUUAAAUGUGUUAAGUGUCGAAAGUACCGAAGAUGUACUGAAACCCAAAAGAUGGGUGACUUACCUCAAGACAGAAUGGAAACAAUGCCUCCAUUCACCUACACUGGCAUGGAUUGCUUUGGGAAGAAAAGAGGUUAAAAGAUAUGGACUUCUACUCACCUGUUUAUGUUCAAGAGCCAUACACAUAGAAAUGCUUGACGAUAUGACCACUGACGCAUUCAUAAAUGCAUUAAGAGCCUUUAUUGCCAUAAGAGGAAAUGUCCGUCUACUUCGAUGUGACCAAGGAACCAAUUUCAUUGGUGCAAAAAGGGAGCUUGCAGAACUCGUAAAAGGAAUGGACGAAGAAAGGGUCAAAGCUCUAAAAUGUGAAUUUCUAAUGAAUCCCCCAGCAGCAAGCCACAUGGGUGGCAUCUGGGAACGACAGAUUAGGACUAUUCGAAGUGUUCUCACAAGCAUUCUUGACAAUUCAGCUCAAAGACUGGACAGUUCAUCUCUAAGAACUUUGUUUUAUGUAAUAAUGGCGAUUGUCAAUAGCAGACCACUUACAGUUGAGAAUUUGAAUGAUCCAUCUGCACCUGAACCUUUAACUCCAAAUCACAUUCUUACAAUGAAGUCAACAAUUAUCCUUCCUCCACCUGGGCAGUUUGUCAAAGAAGACCUGUAUCUGAAAAAAGGUGGCGCAGAGUCCAGUAUUUGGAUAAUGAAUUUUGGAUUCGUUGGAAAAAGGAAUACCUGCUGAGUUUACAACAAAGAUAAAAAUGGCAGAAAACCAGAAGAAACAUGAAGGUGAAUGACAUCAUGCUUUUACAGAACGAGCAGGCACCACGAAAUGAAUGGAAACUAACCAGAAUAGCCGAGGUCUAUCCAGGGUUAGAUGAUAAAGUUUGAAAAGUAAGAUUGUUGGUUGGUGAUACCACAUUUGAUGGAAAGGGUAAACCUAUGACUAAAACAGUGUUCCUUGACAGACCUGUACAUGAACUUGUUACAUUGAUUGAAGCAAAUGAAAGUACUUAAGUCUGACCAGCCCCUAAGUUUCCUUAGAAAUCACACACUGGGUUUUGUGUGAUUUGGUGGGAGUGUAACUGCUGUUGCUGUUUAUUUCUUCAUUUAUUUAUUUUCCCAUUUGUAAGACACUGGGUUGGUUGUGUUUCCUGUAAUUUUAUUUUGAAAAGGUACAUGAGCUGCUCUGCCAGCCACACCCUUAAUUUGAUGGUACAAGCCAGGUGUGAGGAACACACACAGCCUGAAUGAAGUGCUGACAAGCAGACAGCUAAUGGACUGAAAACAUUCAAUCUUUUGCUAAAGAACAAACUAGUAAAAGGACUUAAAGGAAACUAGUAAAAGGACUUAAAGGAAGACAGAUGGAUUCCCUUUGUGUUUUAAGCAAAACAGCCAACGAGGUAUUCAUUUGUCUUUAUUUUAUUGCACAUUAUUGUAUAUGUUUUAAUUGUACUAUCCUGUAUUUAGUUUCACGGUUUAAGGGAGGUCUAAAGAAAGGAGGACAGAAGAGGCCCACAAUGAAAAGACGUCCAAUAAACCCGUAAAAGAAAUCACUUGCGUCUGUAUUGCUUGGAGGGAAUCAUAAUCAGAAUGACUUGAUAUUGAUAUGGUAUCACUGUGGGGUUGUAUACUGUUGAUCUAAAGUGGAAUGACCCAGUGGAAACAGCAAUUUUCCAUUUUAGAGCAUUUUGAAAUCACUGAAAGUUUGGUCGUAUAUGGGCAAUUUAAAAAGGCCUUUAUUUUGCAAAGCACCAUCAGAAUGACUUGUUACUGAUAUGGUAUCACUGUGGGGUUGUAUACUGUUGAUCUAAAGUUGAAUGACCCAGUGGAAACAGCAAUUUUCCAUUUUAGAGCAUUUUGAAUCACUGAAAGUUUGGUCGUAUAAGGGCAAUUUAAAAAGGCCUUUAUUUUGGAAAGCACCAUCAGAAUGACUUGAUACUGAUAUGGUUUCACUGUGGGGUUGUAUACUGUUGAUCUAAAGUGGAAUUAACCUGUGGAAACAGCAAUUUUCCAUUUUAGAGCAUUUUGAAAUCACUGACAUUUUGGUAGUAUACGGGCAAUUUAAAAAGGCCUUUGUUUUGGAAAGCACCAUCAGAAUGACUUGAUAUUGAUAUGGUAUCACUGUGGGGAUGUAUACUGUUGAUUUAAAGUGGAAUGACUAGUGGAAACAGCAAUUUUCCAUUUUAGAGCAUUUUGAAAUCACUGAAAGUUUGGUCGUAUAUGGGCAAUUUAAAAAGGCCUUUAUUUUGGAAAGCACCAUCAGAAUGACUUGAUAUUGAUUUGGUAUCAAUGUGGGGUUGUAUACUGUAGAUCUAAAGUGGAAUUAACCUGUGGAAACAGCAAUUUUCCAUUUUAGAGCAUUUUGAAAUCACUGUUAUAGCAUUUUGAAAUCACUGAAAACUAGGUGAAUUGUGGACAAUUUAAAAAGGCCUUUGUUUUGGAAAGCAACAUCAGAAAUAUUUGAUAUUGAUAUGGUAUCACUGUGGGGUUGUGUACUGCAGAUCUAAAUUGGAAUUACCCUGUGGAAAUAGCACUUUUCCAUUUUAGAGCAUUUUGAAAUCACUGAAAAUUAGGUCAAUUGUGGACAAUUUAAAAAGGCCUUUAUUUUGGAAAGCAACAUCACAAUGACUUGAUAUUGAUAUGGUAUCACUGUGGGGUUGUGUACUGCAGAUCUAAAUUGGAAUUACCCUGUGGAAACAGCAAUUUUCCAUUUUAGAGCAUUUUGAAAUCACUGUUAUAGCAUUUUGAAAUCACUGAAAAUUAGGUCAGUUGUGGACAAUUUAAAAAUGCCUUUAUUUUGGAAAACAACAUCAGAAUUACUUGAUAUUGAUAUGGUAUCACUGUGGGGUUGUGUACUGCAGAUCUAAAUUGGAAUUACCCUGUGGAAAUAGCACUUUUCCAUUUUAGAGCAUUUUGAAAUCACUGAAAAUUAGGUCAAUUGUGGACAAUUUAAAAAGGCCUUUAUUUUGGAAAGCAACAUCACAAUGACUUGAUAUUGAUAUGGUAUCACUGUGGGGUUGUGUACUGCAGAUCUAAAUUGGAAUUACCCUGUGGAAACAGCAAUUUUCCAUUUUAGAGCAUUUUGAAAUCACUGUUAUAGCAUUUUGAAAUCACUGAAAAUUAGGUCAGUUGUGGACAAUUUAAAAAUGCCUUUAUUUUGGAAAACAACAUCAGAAUUACUUGAUAUUGAUAUGGUAUCACUGUGGGGUUGUGUACUGCAGAUCUAAAUUGGAAUUACCCUGUGGAAAUAGCACUUUUCCAUUUUAGAGCAUUUUGAAAUCACUGAAAAUUAGGUCAAUUGUGGACAAUUUAAAAAGGCCUUUAUUUUGGAAAGCAACAUCACAAUGACUUGAUAUUGAUAUGGUAUCACUGUGGGGUUGUGUACUGCAGAUCUAAAUUGGAAUUACCCUGUGGAAACAGCAAUUUUCCAUUUUAGAGCAUUUUGAAAUCACUGUUAUAGCAUUUUGAAAUCACUGAAAAUUAGGUCAGUUGUGGACAAUUUAAAAAUGCCUUUAUUUUGGAAAACAACAUCAGAAUUACUUGAUAUUGAUAUGGUAUCACUGUGGGGUUGUGUACUGCAGAUCUAAAUUGGAAUUACCCUGUGGAAAUAGCACUUUUCCAUUUUAGAGCAUUUUGAAAUCACUGUUAUAGCAUUUUUAAAUUACUGAAAAUUAGGUCAAUUGUGGACUUUUUAAAAAGGCCUUUAUUUUGGAAAGCAACAUCAGAAUGACUUGAUAUUGAUAUGGUAUCACUGUGGGGUUGUAUACUGUAGAUCUAAAGUGGAAUUAACCUGUGGAAACAGCAAUUUUCCCUUUUAGAGCAUUUUGAAAUCACUGUUAUAGCAUUUUGAAAUCACUGAAAAUUAGGUCAAUUGUGGACAAUAUAAAAAGGCCUUUACUUUGGAAGGCAACAUCAGAAUGACUUGAUAUUGAUAUGGUAUCACUGUGGGGUUGUAUACUGUAGAUCUAAAGUGGAAUUACCCUGUGGAAAUAGCACUUUUCCAUUUUAGAGCAUUUUGAAAUCACUGAAAGAUAGGUCAAUUGUGGACAAUUUAAAAACGCCUUUAUUUUGGAAAGCAACAUCAGAAUGACUUGAUAUUGAUGUGGUAUCACUGUGGGGUUGUAUACUGUAGAUCUAAAGUGGAAUUAACCUGUGGAAACAGCAAUUUUCCCUUUUAGAGCAUUUUGAAAUCACUGUUAUAGCAUUUUGAAAUCACUGAAAAUUAGGUCAAUUGUGGACAAUAUAAAAAGGCCUUUACUUUGGAAAACAACAUCAGAAUGACUUGAUAUUGAUAUGGUAUCACUGUGGGGUUGUAUACUGUAGAUCUAAAGUGGAAUUACCCUGUGGAAAUAGCACUUUUCCAUUUUAGAGCAUUUUGAAAUCACUGAAAAUUAGGUCAAUUGUGGACAAUUUAAAAAGGCCUUUAUUUUGGAAAGCAACAUCAGAAUGACUUGAUAUUGAUAUGGUAUCACUGUGGGGUUGUGUACUGCAGAUCUAAAUUGGAAUUACCCUGUGGAAACAGCAAUUUUCCAUUUUAGAGCAUUUUGAAAUCACUGUUAUAGCAUUUUGAAAUCACUGAAAAUUAGGUCAGUUGUGGACAAUUUAAAAAUGCCUUUAUUUUGGAAAACAACAUCAGAAUUACUUGAUAUUGAUAUGGUAUCACUGUGGGGUUGUGUACUGCAGAUCUAAAUUGGAAUUACCCUGUGGAAAUAGCACUUUUCCAUUUUAGAGCAUUUUGAAAUCACUGUUAUAGCAUUUUGAAAUCACUGAAAAUUAGGUCAAUUGUGGACAAUAUAAAAAGGCCUUUACUUUGGAAGGCAACAUCAGAAUGACUUGAUAUUGAUAUGGUAUCACUGUGGGGUUGUAUACUGUAGAUCUAAAGUGGAAUUACCCUGUGGAAACAGCAAUUUUCCAUUUUAGAGCAUUUUGAAAUCACUGUUAUAACAUUUUGAAAUCACUGAAAAUUAGGUCAAUUGUGGACAAUUUAAAAAGACCUUUAUUUUGGAAAGCAACAUCAGAAUGACUUGAUAUUGAUGUGGUAUCACUGUGGGGUUGUAUACUGUAGAUCUAAAGUGGAAUUAACCUGUGGAAAUAGCACUUUUCCAUUUUAGAGCAUUUUUGAAAUCACUGUUAUAGCAUUUUGAAAUCACUGAAAUUUAGGUCAAUUGUGGACAAUUUAAAAAGGCCUUUAUUUUGGAAGGCAACAUCAAAAUGACUUGAUAUUGAUAUGGUAUCACUGUGGGAUUGUAUACUGUAGCUCUAAAGUGGAAUUACCCUUUGGAAACAGCACUUUUCCAUUUCAGAGCAUUUUGAAAUUACUGUUAUAGCAUUUUGAAAUCACUGAAAAUUGGGUCAAUUGUGGACAAUUUAAAAAUGCCUUUAUUUUAGAAAGCAACAUCAGAAUGACUUGAUAUUGAUAUGGUAUCACUGUGGGGUUGCAUACUGUAGAUCUAAAGUGGAAUUAACCUGUGGAAACAGCAAUUUUCCAUUUUAGAGCAUUUUGAAUUCACUGUUAUAGCAUUUUGAAAUCACUAAAAAUUAGGUCAGUUGUGGACAAUUUAAAAAUGCCUUUAUUUUGGAAAACAACAUCAGAAUUACUUGAUAUUGAUAUGGUAUCACUGUGGGGUUGUGUACUGCAGAUCCAAAUAGGAAUUACCCUGUGGAAAUAGCACUUUUCCAUUUUAGAGCAUUUUGAAAUCACUGAAAAUUAGGUCAAUUGUGGACAAUUUAAAAAGGCCUUUAUUUUGGAAACCAACAUCAGAAUGACUUGAUAUUGAUAUGGUAUCACUGUGGGGUUGUAUACUGUAGAUCUAAGGUGGAAAUACCCUGUGGAAACAGCAAUUUUCCAUUUUAGAGCAUUUUGAAAUCACUGUUAUAGCAUUUUGAAAUCACUGAAAAUUAGGUCAAUUGUGGACAAUUUAAAAAGGCCUUUAUUUUGGAAGGCAACAUCAGAAUGACUUGAUAUUGAUAUGGUAUCACUGUGGGGUUGUAUAUGGUAGAUCUAAAGUGGAAUUAACCUGUGGAAACAGCACUUUUCCAUUUCAGAGCAUUUUGAAAUUACUGUUAUAGCAUUUUGAAAUCACUGAAAAUUGGGUCAAUUGUGGACAAUUUAAAAAGGCCUUUAUUUUGGAAGGCAACAUCAGAACGACUUGAUAUUGAUAUGGUAUCACUGUGGGGUUUCAUACUGUAGAUCUAAAGUGGAAUUACCCUGUGGAAACAGCACUUUUCCAUUUCAGAGCAUUUUGAAAUCACUGAAAAUUAGGUCAGUUGUGGACAAUUUAAAAUUGCCUUUAUUUUGGAAAGCAACAUCAGAAUUACUUGAUAUUGAUAUGGUAUCACUGUGGGGUUGUGUACUGCAGAUAUAAAUUGGAAUUACCCUGUGGAAAUAGCACUUUUCUAUUUUAGAGCAUUUUGAAAUCACUGAAAAUUAGGUCAAUUGUGGACAAUUUAAAAAGGCCUUUAUUUUGGAAAGCAACAUCAGAAUGACUUGAUAUUGAUAUGGUAUCACUGUGGGGUUGUAUACUGUAUAUCUAAAGUGGAAUUAACCUGUGGAAACAGCAAUUUUCCAUUUUAGAGCAUUUUGAAAUCACUGUUAUAGCAUUUUGAAAUCACUGAAAAUUAUGUCAGUUUUGGACAAUUUAAAAAUGCUUUUAUUUUGGAAAACAACAUCAGAAUUACUUGAUAUUAAUAUGGUAUCACUGUGGGGUUGUGUACUGCAGAUCUAAAUUGGAAUUACCCUGUGGAAAUAGCACUUUUCCAUUUUAGAGCAUUUUAAAAUCACUGAAAAUUAGGUCAAUUGUGGACAAUUUAAAAAGGCCUUUAUUUUGGAAACCAACAUCAGAAUGACUUGAUAUUGAUAUGGUAUCACUGUGGGGUUGUAUACUGUAGAUCUAAAGUUGAAUUACCCUGUGGAAACAGCAAUUUUCCAUUUUAGAGCAUUUUGAAAUUACUGAAAAUUAGGUCAAUUGUGGACAAUUUAAAAAUGCCUUUAUUUUGGAAAGCAACAUCAGAAUUACUUGAUAUUGAUAUGGUAUCACUGUGGGGUUGUCUACUGCAUAUCUAAAUUGGAAUUACCCUGUGGAAAUAGCACUUUUCCAUUUUAGAGCAUUUUGAAAUCACUGAAAAUUAGGUCAAUUGUGGACAAUUUAAAAAGGCCUUUAUUUUGGAAAGCAACAUUAGAAAGACUUUAUAUUGAUAUGGAAUCACUGUGGGGUUGUAUACUGUAGAUCUAAAGUGGAAUUACCCUGUGGAAAAAGCAAUUUUCCAUUUUAGAGCAUUUUGAAAUCACUGUUAUAGCAUUUUGAAAUUACUGAAAAUUAGGUCAAUUGUGGACAAUUUAAAAAUGCCUUUAUUUUGGAAAGCAACAUCAGAAUUACUUGAUAUUGAUAUGGUAUCACUGUGGGGUUGUGUACUGUAGAUCUAAAUUGGAAUUACCCUGUGGAAAUAGCACUUUUCCAUUUUAGAGCAUUUUGAAAUCACUGAAAGAUAGGUCAAUUGUGGACAAUUUAAAAACGCCUUUAUUUUGGAAAGCAACAUCAGAAUUACUUGAUAUUGAUGUGGUAUCACUGUGGGGUUGUGUACUGUAGAUCUAAAUUGGAAUUAACCUGUGGAAAUAGCACUUUUCCAUUUUAGAGCAUUUUGAAAUCACUGUUAUAGCAUUUUGAAAUCACUGAAAUUUAGGUCAAUUGUGGACAAUUUAAAAAGGCCUUUAUUUUGGAAGGCAACAUCAAAAUGACUUGAUAUUGAUAUGGUAUCACUGUGGGGUUGUAUACUGUAGCUCUAAAGUGGAAUUACCCUUUGGAAACAGCACUUUUCCAUUUCAGAGCAUUUUGAAAUCACUGAAAAUUGGGUCAAUUGUGGACAAUUUAAAAAUGCCUUUAUUUUAGAAAGCAACAUCAGAAUUACUUGAUAUUGAUAUGGUAUCACUGUGGGGUUGUGUACUGCAGAUAUAAAUUGGAAUUACCCUGUGGAAAUAGCAGUUUUCUAUUUUAGAGCAUUUUGAAAUCACUGAAAAUUAGGUCAAUUGUGGACAAUUUUAAAAGGCCUUUAUUUUGGAAAGCAACAUCAGAAUGACUUGAUAUUGAUAUGGUAUCAAUGUGGGGUUGUAUACUGUAGAUCUAAAGUGGAAUUAACCUGUGGAAACAGCAAUUUUCCAUUUUAGAGCAUUUUGAAUUCACUGUUAUAGCAUUUUGAAAUAACUGAAACUUAGGUCAAUUGUGGACAAUUUAAAAAGGCCUUUAUUUUGGAAAGCAACAUCAGAAUGAGUUGAUAUUGAUAUGGUAUCACUGUGGGGUUGUAUACUGUAGACCUAAAGUGGAAUUACCCUGUGGAAACAGCAAUUUUCCAUUUUAGAGCAUUUUGAAAUCACUGUUAUAGCAUUUUGAAAUCACUAAAAAUUAGGUCAGUUGUGGACAAUUUAAAAAUGCCUUUAUUUUGGAAAACAACAUCAGAAUUACUUGAUAUUGAUAUGGUAUCAAUGUGGGGUUGUAUACUGUAGAUCUAAAGUGGAAAUACCCUGUGGAAACAGCAAUUUUCCAUUUUAGAGCAUUUUGAAAUCACUGUUAUAGCAUUUUGAAAUCACUGAAAAUUAGGUCAAUUGUGGACAAUUUAAAAAGGCCUUUAUUUUGGAAGGCAACAUCAGAAUGACUUGAUAUUGAUAUGGUAUCACUGUGGGGUUGUAUACUGUAGAUCUAAAGUGGAAAUAACCUGUGGAAACAGCAAGUUUCCAUUUUAGAGCAUUUUGAAAUCGCUGUUAUAGCAUUUUGAAAUCACUUAAAAUUAGGUCAAUUGUGGACAAUUUAAAAAGGCCUUUAUUUUGGAAAGCAACAUCAGAAUGACUUGAUAUUGAUAUGGUAUCACUGUGGGGUUGUGUACUGCAGAUCUAAAUUGGAAUUACCCUGUGGAAAUAGCACUUUUCUAUUUUAGAGCAUUUUGAAAUCACUGAAAAUUAGGUGAAUUGUGGAAUAUUUAAAAAGGCCUUUAUUUUGGAAGGCAACAUCAGAAUGACUUGAUAUUGAUAUGGUAUCACUGUGGGGUUGUAUACUGUAGAUCUAAAGUGAAAAUAACCUGUGGAAACAGCAAGUUUCCAUUUUAGAGCAUUUUGAAAUCGCUGUUAUAGCAUUUUGAAAUCACUUAAAAUUAGGUCAAUUGUGGACAAUUUAAAAAGGCCUUUAUUUUGGAAAGCAACAUCAGAAUGACUUGAUAUUGAUAUGGUAUCACUGUGGGGUUGUGUACUGCAGAUCUAAAUUGGAAUUACCCUGUGGAAAUAGCAGUUUUCCAUUUUAGAGCAUUUUGAAAUCACUGAAAAUUAGGUGAAUUGUGGACAAUUUAAAAAGGCCUUUAUUUUGGAAGGCAACAUCAGAAUGACUUGAUAUUGAUAUGGUAUCACUGUGGGGUUGUAUACUGUAGUUCUAAAGUGGAAUUACCCUUUGGAAACAGCACUUUUCCAUUUUAGAGCAUUUUGAAAUUACUGUUAUAGAAUUUUGAAAUCACUGAAAAUUAGGUCAGUUGUGGACAUUUUAAAAUGCCUUUAUUUUGGAAAGCAACAUCAGAAUGACUUGAUAUUGAUAUGGUAUCACUGUGGGGUUGUGUACUGCAGAUCUAAAUUGGAAUUACCCUGUGGAAAUAGCACUUUUCCAUUUUAGAGCAUUUUGAAAUCACUGAAAAUUAGGUGAAUUGUGGACAAUUUAAAAAGGCCUUUAUUUUGGAAGGCAACAUCAGAAUGACUUGAUAUUGAUAUGGUAUCACUGUGGGGAUGUUUACUGCAGAUCUAAAUUGGAAUUACCCUGUGGAAAUAGCACUUUUCCAUUUUAGAGCAUUUUGAAAUCACUGUUAUAGCAUUUUGAAAUCACUGAAAAUUAGGUCAGUUGUGGACAUUUAAAAAUGCCUUUAUUUUGGAAAGCAACAUCAGAAUUCCUUGAUAUUGAUAUGGUAUCACUGUGGGGAUGUUUACUGCAGAUCUAAAUUGGAAUUACCCUGUGGAAAUAGCACUUUUCCAUUUUAGAGCAUUUUGAAAUCACUGUUAUAGCAUUUUGAAAUCACUGAAAAUUAGGUCAAUUGUGGACAAUUUAAAAAGGCCUUUAUUUUGGAAGGCAACAUCAGAAUGACUUGAUAUUGAUAUGGUAUCACUGUGGGGUUUCAUACUGUAGAUCUAAAGUGGAAUUACCCUGUGAAAACAGCAAUUUUCCAUUUUAGAGCAUUUUGAAAUCACUGUUAUAGCAUUUUCAAAUCACUGAAAAUUAGGUCAGUUGUGGACAAUUUAAAAAUGCCUUUAUUUUGGAAAGCAACAUCAGAAUUACUUGAUAUUGAUAUGGUAUCACUGUGGGGUUGUGUACUGCAGAUCUAAAUUGGAAUUACCCUGUGGAAAAAGCAAUUUUCCAUUUUAGAGCAUUUUGAAAUCACUGUUAUAGCAUUUUGAAAUUACUGAAAAUUAGGUCAAUUGUGGACAAUUUAAAAAUGCCUUUAUUUUGGAAAGCAACAUCAGAAUUACUUGAUAUUGAUAUGGUAUCACUGUGGGGUUGUAUACUGUAGAUCUAAAUUGGAAUUACCCUGUGGAAAUAGCACUUUUCCAUUUUAGAGCAUUUUGAAAUCACUGUUAUAGCAUUUUGAAAUAACUGAAACUUAGGUCAAUUGUGGACAAUUUAAAAAGGCCUUUAUUUUGGAAGGCAACAUCAAAAUGACUUGAUAUUGAUAUGGUAUCACUGUGGGGUUGUAUACUGUAGCUCUAAAGUGGAAUUACCCUUUGGAAACAGCACUUUUCCAUUUCAGAGCAUUUUGAAAUCACUGAAAAUUGGGUCAAUUGUGGACAAUUUAAAAAUGCCUUUAUUUUAGAAAGCAACAUCAGAAUUACUUGAUAUUGAUAUGGUAUCACUGUGGGGUUGUGUACUGCAGAUAUAAAUUGGAAUUACCCUGUGGAAAUAGCAGUUUUCUAUUUUAGAGCAUUUUGAAAUCACUGAAAAUUAGGUCAAUUGUGGACAAUUUUAAAAGGCCUUUAUUUUGGAAAGCAACAUCAGAAUGACUUGAUAUUGAUAUGGUAUCAAUGUGGGGUUGUAUACUGUAGAUCUAAAGUGGAAUUAACCUGUGGAAACAGCAAUUUUCCAUUUUAGAGCAUUUUGAAUUCACUGUUAUAGCAUUUUGAAAUAACUGAAACUUAGGUCAAUUGUGGACAAUUUAAAAAGGCCUUUAUUUUGGAAAGCAACAUCAGAAUGACUUGAUAUUGAUAUGGUAUCAAUGUGGGGUUGUAUACUGUAGAUCUAAAGUGGAAUUAACCUGUGGAAACAGCAAUUUUCCAUUUUAGAGCAUUUUGAAUUCACUGUUAUAGCAUUUUGAAAUAACUGAAACUUAGGUCAAUUGUGGACAAUUUAAAAAGGCCUUUAUUUUGGAAAGCAACAUCAGAAUGAGUUGAUAUUGAUAUGGUAUCACUGUGGGGUUGUGUACUGUAGACCUAAAGUGGAAUUACCCUGUGGAAACAGCAAUUUUCCAUUUUAGAGCAUUUUGAAAUCACUGUUAUAGCAUUUUGAAAUCACUAAAAAUUAGGUCAGUUGUGGACAAUUUAAAAAUGCCUUUAUUUUGGAAAACAACAUCAGAAUUACUUGAUAUUGAUAUGGUAUCAAUGUGGGGUUGUAUACUGUAGAUCUAAAGUGGAAAUACCCUGUGGAAACAGCAAUUUUCCAUUUUAGAGCAUUUUGAAAUCACUGUUAUAGCAUUUUGAAAUCACUGAAAAUUAGGUCAAUUGUGGACAAUUUAAAAAGGCCUUUAUUUUGGAAGGCAACAUCAGAAUGACUUGAUAUUGAUAUGGUAUCACUGUGGGGUUGUAUACUGUAGAUCUAAAGUGGAAAUAACCUGUGGAAACAGCAAGUUUCCAUUUUAGAGCAUUUUGAAAUCGCUGUUAUAGCAUUUUGAAAUCACUUAAAAUUAGGUCAAUUGUGGACAAUUUAAAAAGGCCUUUAUUUUGGAAAGCAACAUCAGAAUGACUUGAUAUUGAUAUGGUAUCACUGUGGGGUUGUGUACUGCAGAUCUAAAUUGGAAUUACCCUGUGGAAAUAGCACUUUUCUAUUUUAGAGCAUUUUGAAAUCACUGAAAAUUAGGUGAAUUGUGGAAUAUUUAAAAAGGCCUUUAUUUUGGAAGGCAACAUCAGAAUGACUUGAUAUUGAUAUGGUAUCACUGUGGGGUUGUAUAUGGUAGAUCUAAAGUGGAAUUAACCUGUGGAAACAGCACUUUUCCAUUUUAGAGCAUUUUGAAAUCACUGUUAUAGCAUUUUGAAAUCACUGAAAAUUAGGUCAAUUGUGGACAAUUUAAAAAGGCCUUUAUUUUGGAAGGCAACAUCAGAAUGACUUGAUAUUGAUAUGGUAUCACUGUGGGGUUGUAUACUGUAGAUCUAAAGUGGAAAUAACCUGUGGAAACAGCAAGUUUCCAUUUUAGAGCAUUUUGAAAUCGCUGUUAUAGCAUUUUGAAAUCACUUAAAAUUAGGUCAAUUGUGGACAAUUUAAAAAGGCCUUUAUUUUGGAAAGCAACAUCAGAAUGACUUGAUAUUGAUAUGGUAUCACUGUGGGGUUGUGUACUGCAGAUCUAAAUUGGAAUUACCCUGUGGAAAUAGCACUUUUCUAUUUUAGAGCAUUUUGAAAUCACUGAAAAUUAGGUGAAUUGUGGAAUAUUUAAAAAGGCCUUUAUUUUGGAAGGCAACAUCAGAAUGACUUGAUAUUGAUAUGGUAUCACUGUGGGGUUGUAUACUGUAGAUCUAAAGUGGAAUUACCCUGUGGAAACAGCAAUUUUCCAUUUUAGAGCAUUUUGAAUUGUGGACAAUUUAAAAAGGCCUUUAUUUUGGAAAGCAACAUCAGAAUGACUUGAUAUUGAUAUGGUAUCACUGUGGGGUUGUAUACUGUAGAUCUAAAGUGAAAAUAACCUGUGGAAACAGCAAGUUUCCAUUUUAGAGCAUUUUGAAAUCGCUGUUAUAGCAUUUUGAAAUCACUUAAAAUUAGGUCAAUUGUGGACAAUUUAAAAAGGCCUUUAUUUUGGAAAGCAACAUCAGAAUGACUUGAUAUUGAUAUGGUAUCACUGUGGGGUUGUGUACUGCAGAUCUAAAUUGGAAUUACCCUGUGGAAAUAGCAGUUUUCCAUUUUAGAGCAUUUUGAAAUCACUGAAAAUUAGGUGAAUUGUGGACAAUUUAAAAAGGCCUUUAUUUUGGAAGGCAACAUCAGAAUGACUUGAUAUUGAUAUGGUAUCACUGUGGGGUUGUAUACUGUAGUUCUAAAGUGGAAUUACCCUUUGGAAACAGCACUUUUCCAUUUUAGAGCAUUUUGAAAUUACUGUUAUAGAAUUUUGAAAUCACUGAAAAUUAGGUCAGUUGUGGACAUUUUAAAAUGCCUUUAUUUUGGAAAGCAACAUCAGAAUGACUUGAUAUUGAUAUGGUAUCACUGUGGGGUUGUGUACUGCAGAUCUAAAUUGGAAUUACCCUGUGGAAAUAGCACUUUUCCAUUUUAGAGCAUUUUGAAAUCACUGAAAAUUAGGUGAAUUGUGGACAAUUUAAAAAGGCCUUUAUUUUGGAAGGCAACAUCAGAAUGACUUGAUAUUGAUAUGGUAUCACUGUGGGGUUGUAUA